AUGGCCAAGGGCUUCCGACCCGCUAACAGGAAUUUUGUUGCUAAAAGAGGUCGAGGCAAAUUCGUGUUUACACCUUCACGGCACUUUUCUAGGCAUGAUGCACCAUCCCAAGGCGCCUCUAGUCCGGAUACCAGCGCUCCCGUGACACAGUCUCCAAAAACAAAUGAGCGAGAUGCCCCUCCUUGGUCUUUGGUGCAAGACAAAUCCAUUGAUACAAAUGACAGAAACCUUCAAUCCGGGCCAGAGAACGGAACCAGCCACGUUGCAUCGACACCCGAGUUCGCGCAGAUUAAGGCAGCCCAAGAUUUAGCGAAAGCUGAUAAGGGCUCUUCUACCAACCAGGUAAAUUCGCAUACUGUAACGAACAUCAGGACGCCAUUGGCUAUGGACUUGCAAGCCGGGACAGAGGAGGUGAUAAACCAGCCACUUGGCCUCGAUCGUGCCACCAAAAAACUGAGUUCUUGUUCAGAUAUUGGAUCGGCAACGCACCCCACGGAGAAUCCCAAAAUGGAUACGCGUCAAAAUGGGCAAUUUGUCGAUGCAACUGACAGUCAACACUUGGCUGGGACGGCGCAAGCGGCUUCUGAAGGGUCUCCUUCAAACCAAGGGUUUAAGAAGACCGAGCCUUCCCUAGGCCUUGACUCUCAGUCACCCGUUCCUUCCACCGCUCCUGUGAAUCAUAUGCAGUUUACUCCUGAAGACGGUGUCAAAUUUAGGUCUUCUCCUCGGACAUCCAAGCCAAAGAAGGACAAUACACAGAAGAGUUCGGAGCAUCAUUAUCCAGAAACACGAACGAGUUCGAAGGCGAAGCUCUUAUCAACUCCCACUAAGCGAUCGGCUCCCCUGACAAGUAAAGAGCUCCCAGUCAGGAAACAGAACUUUCAAGGUUCCCUGCCUGAAUUCAGCGCCGGAAUCGAUGAUGAGGUGAAUAUGGCCGAUGUUAGUGACAUUGACGAGGAAGCAAAGCCGGCCAAACCUGUGCCGCUCUCCUCCCGUGCCAAAGCAGAAGCUCGCAAAAAGAGGCUUUUAGUCGAGUUCGAUUCUGAGGCAUUCGACUCCCUCAUUUAUCGACAGUCGAGUUUGCAACCACCCCCGCAUGUUACUAUAUCUUCGCGUAUUGUCAAGUACCGCCCAGUUUACGGCGACCAAAAGCCACUUUAUCUUCCGGUGAAUCCAGCAAUCCAUCACAUGCAUAAGCGAUCCCGUGCAUGGUAUAGACAGAAGUGCGAUGAAAUCAGAGGGCGUCCAAAACGCAAAGAGUGGUUUGGCAAGGUUGUGGAGAGACAACGCUGGUUACAGGCUCUAGAGGUGAAGAAGCAACAGAAAAUGAAACAAGCUCAGCAAGACGGGACUACUCCCCCCUACAUACCACCAGAACCGCGGGGUGUCAAGCGUAUUCUUGACUUCGGUGACUUGCCCGAGGAGGAACUGCCUGAGUACGUGCGGAGUAAUCCUGCUUGGUUGAAAGCCUGCGCUUGGUUCAGAGAAUGCGAGGAUAAGGCGACUGUGCGUCAGCGACAUGUCAACAACAAGACCAAAGAGACAGAGAGUUACUUUCAGAGCUUGAACGCUUGA